AUUGUAAUAAAAAUAAAUAAUAAUAAUAAAUUAUAAUUGUUAAUAUAAAAACGAUUAGAUAAUUGGAAAAACAUGAUCGGAACAAAUUUUGGUAUCUACCGCCCGAAUACAACCAAUACAACAAGUCAACAAAGUCAACAAACUCAACAACAAGAGACCACCCAGUUAAGCGAUUUCAUCUUACAAUUAGAGGAUUAUAUACCAACCGUUCCAGAUGCCGUCACAGCGUUUUAUUUGAACUCAGCUGGCUUCGAAUCUAGUGAUCCUCGAAUUGUUAGAUUGAUAUCGGUGGCUACGCAAAAGUUUAUUUCCGAUGUGGCGAACGAUGCUUUACAAAAUUGCAAAACUAGGACUAGCAAUCAGAACGGUCCUAUUAAGGGACCCAAAAUGAACAAGGAACGGAAAUAUACGAUGACUAUGGAAGAUUUAGCCCCAGCUUUAGCCGAUUAUGGAGUAACAGUACGCAAAGCUCAAUAUUUUCCCUGAACUGUAUAUUUUUAUUUUGUAUAUUCAAACUUCUCGAGAUUAAAUUCUAUUUAAGAACUUAACGUCAUAAUUGGAGUUUAUUUA